AUGGCGGAAUCCCCCGACAAGGGAUCCAAAAAGAAAACCGCAGCUUUGGAACGUGAGCGAGACGAGCUAGCAACUGAGAAUGCACAGAAGAAUGAGGAGAUCAAUAAAAUGAAGGAAGAUAUUGAGAAAUUACGCAAAAAUUUGGAGGAUUCGACGGCAGAGCUGGAGGCGGAAACUGCGAGGCUUCAUAAAGAAGUGGUGGAAUCAAAGGUAGAGGCAGAGAAACUAAGAAAGAUUCUAGAAGAGAAAGAAAAUAAGAUUGAGAUGAUUGAAAAAGAAGGAAAAGAUUUAAGACAAGAGAAUGGUGAGAUGGAAAUGAAGGUUAGGGAAUUGGAGAGAAAAAUUGGAGUUAGUGAAAUGAAAGAAGCUGAAGAGAAUAGUAAGAGAGUUAGGGUUGAGGAAGAGAUGAAGGAAAAAGUUGAUGAAAAAAAUAGGAAGGUUGAGGAAUUGGAGAAUGUUGUUAGAGAGAGAAAAAUUGAGUUAGAAAAAUGGUUAAAAGAGAAGAGGAAUUUGGAAGAGAAAGUUAGGGUUUUAGAAUUUAGUUUAAUGAAUAUGAAUAUGAAGGAGAAUGGGAUGGAGAUGAGUUGGCCUGCUGUGGCAGCUGGGUCUAUAGGAGGGACUGCUAUGGUGGCUGUUUUGAUACGUUUCUUAUUUGGGAACAAGAGAUGA